GCGAACGUGUUAGUUGAUGUGGCGAUGUAAGUUGCUGAUAUUUUACCGUUUUCUUCGCAAAUAUUCGUAAAGGAGGUUUACUGAUCGCCUGUGGUGAUGGAGGCUAUCAACAUUAUAAAAGAUAUGAGUGCAGAGUCAAUGGACGUUGAUCCUAAAUUACGAUUAGACCGUCGUUUGUCAGAUUCAUUGUCGGGGGAGGAUGAUGAUGUUCGCCCCCAUGCAGAGCGGUCUGAUGAGGAGGGGCUGGAUGACAGUGGUGCGAAGGAGAGUGCAAACGGAGAUGAUGAUGAUGAUGUGAAGUUGCGUAAAAAGCAUCGCCGAGGCAAGAACAAGGGUGGAUCUCGCCAUAAUAAAAAGUGGCGGCCGUACAAUAAGUUGUCGUGGUCCGAGAGAAAAGAACUGGAUGAAAGAGAGACGGAGCGUGCUUGCUUGAAACGUGAGGAACGAUUUGCCUCCGGCCACCCGGUGGCUCCGUAUAACACUACGCAAUUUCUUAUGGAGGACCAUAAUAAGAACGAGAACAUUUCGCCAUUUUUGCGUGAUAGGCCGAAUUUGAACGAAUCUGAGAGUAAAAGUCGGGAAGGUGCUGGGAACGUGAAUGACUCGAAUGACGCAUAUUACGAUUCACCAAACGACGAGGAGAGUUUUAUCGCGAAGGACUUUUCCGAAACCUAUGAAAAUAUUCAUGCGGAGCGUUUGCAGACAAUGUCGAAAGUCGAACUUGUUAAAGAAUAUAUCGAAUUGGAGGCGAAAGUGGAAAAACUCGAGUCUAAGUUGCACGAAGUAUUACCAGCGAAUGAUUCAAAUAAUGUGAAUAAGGAAGUCAAGAGACUAGUGGAUAGUACAAAUACCCCAAGUGAUAACCAACUAAAACAUUUGCUGCAGCAAGAAAUCGAACGGUUAAAACAAGAAAAUGACAGGUUACGGAACGAGAAUCAGCAGUUGCGCGGCGGAUCUAUGACUUAAGUUUGAAUUUCUAUUCAUAAGCAAGUCGACCGCCAACUUUUUCAGUAUUGGGCGGGGCUUUUCCCGCCCAAAAAGAUGUUACUUUCAUGGCAUUUGCGGCAAAUCUAGUCUGUGAUGAAGAAAACAAUGUGAUAAAAAUUGUUUGAAUUUUUACACCAUUUCAGAACGGUUCUAUUUUUAUAGAAAAAGAAAAAAAAGUUACAUGUACAGAUUUGCCUAAAAUUUUGAAGGUAGCAUUCUUGUACGAAACUGCCUGUUUGUUAACAGUUAUGUUUAUUGACCCAUUAUUGAUUGAUAGUAAGCUCCACAUUGUUACUUACAGUUUUCAUUCAUAAGUUCAGUUCCAUAUGUUGCCCAAGCGAUAGUUGUGGGCGGCCUGUUGUCCCAGCUGAACAAUAGACUAGUGUUUUCAAUCAAUGAUUUUAUAAAUAUGAUUAUUAUGAUUUAUGAUGAUUAUAAAUUUUUCCAAGAUAAACAAUUGCAUUUGCUCGAGGGAAACAGAAAGCUUUACACUUUUGGACAGAUCAUGACGUCUUUAUUCGAGUUCCCUAUGGACAUGUUUUGACAUUUUCUAAUCUAAGGCUCAUCUUAUGAAUGAAAUAAAAAGACAAUGUUUUUGAAUGAUGGUGAAAAGCUAUACUUUUAUGUCUGGUACAUCCAAGUUCCUUGGUAAUGGUCCACCUGUAUGUAAAAUUAGCUGUGUCAAAAUGAAUAGAUCUUUGACCAUACCCUUGAAAACUGAAUAUCCCUGUGCCGAAGACAUUUACAUGUACAGCCGAAUUAAGGAUGGAGAUAUAAUGGGUGAAAUGUAAAAAGAAGUGGGUCAUAUUUUGGUUCCAGAUAUUGUUUGGGGUGGCAGCACUUGUAUUUGUACUUGCAACUGAUUUACAAUACACAUCAUGGGCAUAAGUCCUUAUUGAAUUUGAAUGUAAUUACAGGUCGGGGUAACGAGACUCUGGCUUGCAGAUUAACCCUUUUGGUCUCAUUCAUGUCAUUUCUUUGUUGUUCACAGUUAAAACAAUAAUAUUAUGUCCAACAACGUCAUUAUCAUAAUAUAUGUGAGGCAAUGUGGGCUCACUGAAACAAGAAGUUGAGAGAUUGCUUUGUUGACUAACCAAGUUCAAGAUGAAAAUUUCUCUUCAAUUCAGCCUUGUGGUAAGACAUGACAACAAGGAUGAGAUUAGAAUUCGUGGGUAUUUUUACAGUAUUUGGGUCAAAUUUUACUUACACAAUCGAGUAGUACUGGGUAUACAUACUUGCUCCAACUACUCCAGUUAAAAAUUGCUGAAGUCUUACUUAAUCAGGCUGCAAAUGUUGUUGUACCAAUGAUCUGACAUACUUAGUAUUCGGUUUAUGUAUUGUGACCACUUACUAACUAAGAAGGAAGUUAGUCAAAAUGUUAAUUUUUUUGAAAAGAGAAAAUGUGUUGUAAAAAUAAAAUAAAAUUAUUGUGAUCCAUUUUAUCAUAUGGAAAACCAAAAAUUACUGCAGUUUCACUUUUUCUUACAUUUUUUGGGUUCUGAAAUCUCAUACGUGUCAUUGCUGAUUGAUGUGGCCGAAACUGAUGAUAAAAUCUGUUCGGAGUAUUUUGAGGAGUUGGUUGGAAAUUUUGUUGGAAAUCCCCUUUUGGCUGUUUGGCCAUUUCAACAUGUUGAAUCUUGAACAGAGCAUUUUCCGUGGGCUCUGAAUGUAUGAAUUCAUUUAUUGUGAAAGUGUUGAACCAUCACCUAAAUCUAUUGGUUUUACCCUGAAUUGAUUUCAAGAUGGCCCUUGACAUGCCUGACACUUUGGGCCUGGUGAGGGACAAUUUCAAAAUACACUGUCCCUGAAAAGUCCUGAGGGUAGUAUGAUGAGUGGAAAAGGGUUGAUCUGCCCAAAAGGUGUGUUAUGUAUUGUAAUGUUUGAGUUGCCUCUAAUAUACCUACCAUGUAGGUUGAUCAUGAAAGUUCAUGAAACUUGUCAGUGUGAACCAAAAAAUUACAGUGAGUACAUAUGGAAGCUUGUUCCAGGCUGAUUUGUGGCUCUGAUAAUUUCUUAAAUCUUAUUCUGAAGAAUUUACUGCCAAUUUUUUGCUCCUUUGAUGAAUACCUCCUAUUUCAUCACUAAAACAUAACUGAGGACUUUUUUUGAAAUGGUGAUUAAUUAUUAUCUAGUCGCUCUAGUCUAUUAGAAGAGUCUGCACCUCGGAACUAUUCAAUAUGUUGCUCUCCUGUCAUAUUGCCUCGGCAAAUGGUAAAUAUGUUUGAAUAUCUUACCAAUACUUUUGACAACAUUGCCAUAUUUUAUGGCAUGGACCAAGUUUAGACAAGUUUACUAAACUACAUGUACUGUGACAGCAUUAGUUUUUAUAAAGCUGGACUUCGAAAUGUUAUUUUUUACUGUUGAAGAAAAAAAGCAUUUCUACAAUGUAAAACAAAAAAAUGUCAAAAUAUAUUCAUUCAAAUACAA